CCCCAACUCCCUCCCCCUCUCGCUGAGCGAGCGUCCCUGCAUCACUUCUUGCUGGGCUGGGUUCCGGGACCGAGCCCAGCAGGCGGGAGGCCGAAGUGGGGACCCGGGACCCGCAGGCCUCAGAGAAGCGUUCCCGGCCGUGCACCCUUGGGUGCUGCGCCCCGGGACCACCAAGUGGCAAGGGUGUGUCCCCAGCUCCGGGACCUGCAGGGACUCUGGCUCCGCAAAGACGGGCGUGAGUUAAAGGCGCCCCCCGGAGCGGCGGGCCGGUCUGUCAUCUGCAUAACCAGGAGCUGCGCCCGGUGACGUCGGCUCCGUAUAUAACCGGCCGGGGCUCCGCGGCCGAGCGCGUCCUCCGGGCCAGGCGGGCAGGCGGCGCAGCGCGGGAGGGGCUGGCACCGCAUCCUGCUCCGCACCCCGCACCUUUGCGCCCCGCACCCCACCCUGCACCUCGCACCCCCGCACCUUUGCACCCCGCACCCUGCACGGGGAUGCCCGCGGCCAUGUUCAGCAUCGACAACAUCCUGGCCGCCCGGCCGCGCUGCAAGGACUCGGGGGUCCCGGCCGCGCCCCCCGCGAACGUCUUCCCGGGUCUGCACGGGGACCCGUUGUUCGCCGCCGGCGGCCCCGACUACGGUGCCUUCUACCCGCGGCCAGUGGCCCCCGCGGGCUCCGCGCUCCCGGCCGCGGUGGGCGGCUCCCGGCUCGGCUACGGCGGCUACUUCUACGGGCAGCUGCACGUGCAGGCGGCGCCCGUGGGUCCCGGCUGCUGUGGGGCCGUGGCGCCCCUGGGUGCCCAGCAGUGCUCCUGCGUGCCGACGCCCCCCGGCUAUGAGGGCCCGGGCUCGGUGCUGGUGUCGCCGGUGCCCCCGCAGAUGCUCCCCUACAUGGGCGUGGGCAGCCUGUCCCGCACGGAGCUGCAGCUCCUGAACCAGCUGCAUUGCCGGCGGAAGCGGCGCCACCGCACCAUCUUCACGGACGAGCAGCUGGAGGCUCUGGAGAGCCUCUUCCAGGAGACCAAGUACCCCGACGUGGGCACCCGCGAGCAGCUGGCCCGCAAGGUGCACCUCCGUGAGGAGAAGGUGGAGGUCUGGUUCAAAAACCGCAGGGCCAAGUGGCGGCGACAGAAGCGGUCGUCCUCGGAGGAGUCUGAGAACGCGGAGAAGUGGAGCAAGACGCCCUCGUCCUCCAAGGCAUCCCCGUCAGAGAAGAGGGAGGAGGAAGGUAGAAGCGACCUGGACUCUGACAGCUGACAGUGCCGCAGGCCUGGUGCCUGGCCCAGAGACUGGCACCCCUGCACUGGCUCCUUGGCCUCAGGAGGCCUGCGGGAGGGGAGCCUAAGGGGACUGUAAAUAGUGUACAUACACAGCCCCCCGCCCGGCCUGUGGACCAAGUGUCCAGGGUCCCCACGUAGUAUUUAUAGCUAAGUUAACGUUGACAAUC